GAUAAAUACGUAUAAGAUUUCAGUACAUUAGAAUAAAAUAAAGUGGAUAAAGGCAAUCGAAUACGUCUAAAUACGAUUAUGAAACUUAAAAAGGAUACAAAAUACACCAAAAGGAAAAGUACUGAACCGGUAUCGAUCAAAGCUAGUACGAACAAUAGCGGCUCGGGUAUUAGACCCAUUCUGAUGAACUAUCAGUAUGAGUGGAUGUUAAAUCGCAUUAGGAUGAAAUCUGAUGAUUCAUAGGUAUUUUCCUUGUGUAACAGUACACUCCAAACGCUUUACACGUGAAGAUUUCAGUAAACCUAAGAGAAAACUGAAUAUGACCGAUUGUUAAAAUCAACAAAAUGAACAACUCACGGAACUACCAACUAUUGGGAUCGUUUUACGAAGUUUACAACUCGGUGAACGUAGCGUCAUCUUAUCAAAAUAAAUAUCCCUAGUUAUCUGUGAUGCCAUUCAAACGGAAAAACUCCAAUGAACUGUAUAUAUUUGUAUUGCACGAUCGACGAUAUCGAGGUCUCAAAGCAUGAAAUUUACAUGAUUAAAGUUGACAUUAACGAGAUGUUCACUUAACGCAUUGAACUCACUGUUUUAUUUACAGAUGUAAAUAAAUUGUAUAUGCAUGCAUGAUCCUUCCCAGAAUUAAUACUGAAUAAGAGAAAUGUUUCGAGACGCUCCAAAAAUUGUCAUAGAAGAUGGGUCUUCUCCAUCUGCUUCGUACGUUACUUACGUUAAGAUGGAGGAUUUAUUAGAGAAACUGAAGUUAUUGAAUUACGAUACAGAGUUUUUACCAGAAUUUAAAAUAAAAACUAUAAAUAGGAGUUAUUUUGUAACACAAACAAAUCCUGGAGAACAGUUUUAUACUUUUACAUCGUUAGCUGCAUGGUUAAUCAGGAAAGCUGGUAGAAAUUUUGAUCCUCCACAAGAAUCAGAUGAUCCUAAUUCCACAAUAGCAUUAAUAUUGGAUCAUUCAAGGGAAUUUAAUAUAUCAAUAGAAUUUCCACCUAAUAAACUCAAGCAGGGCAGUGGUGAUCAUGCUAUUUAUGUUUUGGAUAACUUAGCAGAUGCGGCUUUAAAAAUACAGAAAUUUCAGUGGAAAAAAAUAGAAAUACCACCUGAUGAACCAAAUAAUGAACCAGAGAUAGAAGAUGACGAUGCAGAAUUAAUACUAGAGAAAGUAGAGGAAGAAAUGAUGGCAGAGUAUGAUGAUGAAGAAGAAGAUGUUUUACAUGUUGAUGAUAUUACAAAACUUUAUGGACAAAAUUUUAAUGAAAUACAAAAGCCAGAUGAUAUUUUACAAUCUAAAACCAACAGGGAAGAGUGGCAAUUGGAACUGGAAAGAGUUUUGCCUCAACUGAAAGUAACUGUUAAAACAGAUUCAAGAGACUGGAGGUCUCACAUAGACCAAAUGCAGCAACUACGUACAAAUAUAACAACGAAUCUCACUGGAACAAAGGGUCAAUUGGAUAAAUUGCACACAGAUCUGUCAAAUACAUUGGACAAAAUAAAAACAAGAGAAUCCUACUUAAAUAAACAACUGGAGCCAAUCCUAAAGGACUAUCAAACGCUACAAGAAGAACUGUCCAAAAUUAAAGAGCAGUAUCGAGAUGUUAGCGGCGGUGUGACUGAAAGAACAAGAAUCUUUAAUAAAUUAUCAGAGGAAUUAGAACACGUAAAAAAGGAGAUGGAUGAACGAGGAUCGAGUAUGACGGACGGAACUCCGCUUAUAAACAUAAAAAAGACAAUUACUAAAAUAAAGAAUGAAAUCUCCGAAAUGAACGUACGAAUCGGCGUACUAGAAUACAGUCUGAUGUGCGCUCGAAUACGAGAUCGCACCCAGUUACAAGAAGAUAUGAACACCACAAACUCAAUCGCGAUAACGUGA